AACACAAUUUAAAUAAUGAAAAUCAUCUCAGCCAGGAUGUCGGGAAGAGAAGUAGCCCAGUCAAAGAGGUCCACAAGCCGGACCAAGACUCAGCGGGCGGGUAUCAUAUUCCCCGUCAGCCGUGUGCUGCGCUUCAUGCGAGCAGGCCCUUUCUUCAAAUAUAGGAUAGCUGCAGGCGCUCCAGUUUACAUGGCAGCAGUUAUGGAGUAUCUCUGUGCUGAGGUAUUGGAGUUGGCUGGGAAUGCAUCACGUGAUCACAAGAAGAAGAGGAUUGUGCCCCGACACAUACUGCUCGCAGUUGGACACGACGAGGAAUUGCACAAGCUGUUAAAAAAUGUAACAAUACCCUCCGGAGGGGUAAUCCCUAACAUCAACCCCGUGUUACUCCAGAAGAAAGCUAACUUCACUAAGAAAGCUAUUGCUGCUGCUAACGGACUGGGCUUCCCUAAAGAAGGGGAAGAGAAAAAGAAGGUAAAGAAGUCAUCCAAGAAACCCACAAAAGAAGUGAAACGAUUGAACAAGGCCGUACCUCUGAAGGUUGCAGACAAGGCUGACAAAGUUGUCAACAAAGCUAAAGCUGUCACGACCCUGAAGAAAGCUGCCAAGACCAAAUCAACAGGAGUAACGUUGUUAUCAGAGAAAACCUUGUUCUUGGGACAGAAGCUGACAGUGAUACAGGGAGACAUUGCCACGGUAGGGGCUGAUGCUAUUGUGCAUCCCACCAACUCUAACUGGAACAUGACUGGGUCUUGCGGCAGUGCUAUCAGAGAGGGAGCUGGACAGGGUUACCUGGAGGAAGUGUCGGAUAUAGCAGCAGCUCACGGCUCCCUGAAACCCAGUGAAGCUGUAAUGUCCACAGGACACAACCUGUCUUCCGAGCACGUUAUCCAUGUUAACGGUCCUGAGUACGGGGACGGAGGACGCGCGCAACAGGAGGCCCUGGAACAGACUAUCAAGAAUGCAUUGUCCCUUGCUGACGGUGCUAAGUUCGCAUCCAUAGCUUUCCCUAGUAUCUCAUCCGGACAGAAUGGAUUCCCAAAGCAGACUGCAGCCCAGCUGAUCCUGAAAGCUAUCUCAAACUAUUUCGUUAGCGUCAUGGCAUCCACCAUUAAACAAGUCUACUUCGUUCUCUUCGACGAGGAAUCAGUCGCUAUCUACACCAACGAACUGGCUAAGCUCUCAGAGUCCUAAUUUCUAGCAAAUCUUAAAGUGAAAUUAUUUCCUUCUCCACCGCCCUACGACGCAGAUUUAACAAGUUAAUUAAUUAAUUAAUAAGUUAAUUAAUUAAUAAGUUGAUUAGUUAACCGUUGAACUCAUGGGCCAUUUCAAACGAAUGUGACGAUUUUUCUCCGGCGACUAUUACAAAUAAGAACUGAACUGUAAAUCUAAAUUCAAUAUAACCACGACAUACGAUUAAAAGUGGUGUUUACUAGUGUAAUACGAAUUAUAUAGGUAAGCAUGCUUCACUGGUCCAUACCUUGCAUUGGUUACCAUAAUAUUUUCAUACCAUCUAGUUACCAUGGUUACUAACUGUAACCAUGGUAACUAGGCAUGCCUGAUACCAUCUUAUUAAGCUUCUGUCUAGAUGGAAUAUUUAUUUGAAUAUAUUUGCUUUGACAAUUAUCAUUUCUGCUUUUCAAUUAUUAAACAGUGCUAAUUAUAAUUGGUUAGUUGUUAAGUAUAACUUUUAAUCAUGUGUAUUUUUAAGUAUGAGGUGUUAAAGUUAAGCACCCUUUCACGUGAGCCGAUUAUCUAAUAAUUACUAACAUAGUGACCGAUUAGUAACCUGUUCGUAACCGAUUAGUAACCUGUAAGUUACCAAUGAGUAACCUGUAAUUUCUUGUACCGUCAAACCUACGCUUACAUUUGUGUAAUUCUGUUUUCUUCUCUUACUUAGAAGAACAAGAAAUUGAUUUUUGAAGUUUUCAACAAAAUCUUUAUCAUCAAAAGACGGUAUUAUUAAUUCAUUUAAAUUUUAAAAUCUGACUACGCGUUACCGAUCCCCUUUUCAAAGAGCGAGGGAUGCUCUUUAUUUUCAUCAUCAACCACAGUCAUUCAGUUUAUAGGAGCUUUUAUAAUUAUAGGGAGCAAAGUUUUGUCUUUUCUCGUUCAAUGUGUCUCGUUAAUAUGCUCUAGCUUGGAAUUUAUUACCACUAUUAGUACUAUGUUAUAUAUUACAGCAAACAUAUAUAAUCAACAUUUUAACAA